AUGGGAUAUUUGUCUUGUAAAGCGGAAUCAGCCAUCACAGUUCAUACUCCAUCCAAGAAAUCAGAAAAACCCGGCGAUUUUCUUCAAGGAAAUGAAGAUUUGGAACCACCCAUCAACAAGAAGAUUCAACACUUUGACUACAGCGAUUUGGAAGAAGCCACCAAUAAUUUCUCCGAACAGAAGCUCCUUGGUCGUGGCAGCCAUGGAUUAGUCUACAAAGCACUCCUCCGCAACGGCCGUCUCGUCGCCGUCAAAAAACCCUCUCAUCACAACCACCGGCAUUCCGCCAUCUCCACCUUGCCGGACAACGAAGUCGAAAACGAAAUCGACAUCCUGUCAAAAAUCCACAGCCCUCGUCUCGUUAAUUUAGUCGGAUUCACCAACACCCCACAUCAAAAUCGGUUGCUAGUUGUCGAAUUCAUGUGCAAUGGAACACUCUACGACACCCUCCAUAUCAGUCAACAGCCGCCGAAUUGGGGGCGGAGAAUCCGGUUAGCUUUACAAACUGCGAAAGCAAUCGACACCCUUCAUUCCUCCGUUCCACCGGUGAUCCACCGUGAUAUUAAGUCGGCCAACAUUCUGAUUGACGGGAAUUUCAACGCCCGAUUAGGCGAUUUCGGGUUAGCCCUCCGGUGUCAUGUGGAUGAUUACCGCCUUUUAUCUACUCCGCCGGCCGGAACCAUGGGUUACCUUGAUCCGGGUUAUGUUACCCCGGAUAAUCUCAGCACUAAAACUGACGUUUUCAGUUUUGGAAUUCUAUUAUUAGAGAUAAUUAGCGGCAGAAAAGCCAUUGACGUCAGCCAUUCGCCACCGUCAAUCGUCGAUUGGGCUAUUCCAUUAAUUAGAAGAGGUAAGCUUUUGACUGUUUUUGAUCCUCGAAUUCCGCCGCCUAAAGAUCCUUCCGUAAGAAAACAAUUGGCCGUGAUUGCCGCCAAAUGUGUGAGAUCUUGUCGGGAGAGAAGACCUUCCAUGAACGAAAUCGUCGAUUCCCUAAGUUUCUUGACUAAAUUGGUUCCUCUCCGAUCAUGGAAUGGUUUAAGCAACCCCUGCAUGAUGGUCGACACUGUAAGACCAGUGGGUCACGUUUCUUCACGGCCAAAGGGCGCCGCCGCCGCCGCCGUAUGUGGUGCUGCUGACGACGGGAAGCCAUUGAGUAAUCCCAGAAGGGUUUAUUCCGAUUUAGGGUUCCGAAACAAUUUGAUGGAUCUUAUGGCUAGAAAGGUUGAGAAUGAGAAUGAUCAAGAUUUGACUACAAAACGUAAAGUUCAUCGAAGUUCAAGAUUUAAAAAUGAAGGAUCUAGUUUUAGGAGUGUUCUUGGUGGAAAUACAAUUCAACGUCAUCAUUCAGUUGGGUAG